AUGACGCUUAUGGAUAAGUUCUCUCAGCUGCCGAUGGUUAGCCUCAAACAAAUUCGCAAUGUCCGUAUUCGUAUGAUGGGUGAUGAGCCUAGUCCACCGGACAGCAUCAAUGAUGAACAUCAAUGGCGCGGGCUACAGGUUUUGGAAGGCUUGCAACUGGACAGACUGACAGUGGUGCCAUCAUGGGGAACCAAGUACAAUGGCUGUGAAGACAUCAAACGAUUCAUGGUAUCUAGUUUCCCGUGCAAGGAACUAUUCUAUUUCACCCCUACAUCUGUUUUCCAUGAAACCGACCAAACGACUUCGGCUGAGGCCUCCACGCUCCUUACUCAAAGAAUCAACGACAUGGCUAAUGACCUAAAGUCUAGAGGUGAAUUUGGUACUAGGCUCACAAUGACAAUUCUCCAGUCAUCUAAGCCAGACAGCCACUAUACGGGCACUUCCUUUAAGGACUCUGCAAUCGAAGUACUUGCCGAGACGGCAAUUUUGCCCGAUCCUGCUCCCACCAAAAUGAUCGCAUGUGGCAAAUCUUUAAAGCCUAACGUCGAGACACUAGUCAUCUUCAAGCCUGCUGCCACGACAUCUACUUUACCAGAUGCUUCCAUCGAAGGAGUGUGGAAAACCGUUGAUGACAAAAAGGUUCGAAAGACCUGGCGAGACGACUAUAGGGAUGAAUACAUUCGGGGCGCACAAGAACAAUCACCCGACAUGGAAAACAUCACUACUGGAGAACUAUUUCCAUGGCCUUAUGAUAUGCGAAAGGGAUACACCAUCAUCGAUCGGUAUGACAAUGUUGAUGAUAUCAUCUGGCCUGGAAAGAACCAUGAUCAGGCAUGGGAAGGAGUCCUUGACAACUAA